UAUAUAGAUUUAUUUUAAAAGGAAGUUCGCAUUGCUUCCAUUAUAUCAUUGUAAUACUAGUUAUAUUAAAAUGAUUACAAAGCUGUGGAAAAAGAUAUUCAUCUGCGUAGCACCUAAUACACACUGUACACUGAUUGGGAAACCCAUUAGAGUACAUCAAGAGGGUCACCAAACUAGUUAGGGACAAGAUGGAGGGUUUUCAGAACUGCAAGUUUCACACCAGCACUACAUCUCACCCCCAUGAGGUGGGCGUGGGUGGUGGGUUCAUUUACAUCAGAGGAAAGGCCACCAGAAAGGCGCAACUGCUUCACACGCUGUGGGUAGUGGAAUUAGAAUCAAGGCCUUUGUCAAAAAAUAACAACUUCUGAAAAAGAUGUGGACUUUGUAGGUAAACAGACCUAGAUCAAACCCAGGGGAUGCACUGUACGGGGGUCCAGGGGCCUGGAAGCCCUAGCCGAAUGCCCACGAGGAUUACAUUACCAACAUUCGGCAUUCUGGCCAAACUAUUAGGGGUUCUAAGAUUCUGCUAAUUAUGCUGAGGUCCAGGCUGGGAUGGGGAGGUGUCAGGAUCCCGGGCAGUGAUGGGUCACAAUCCCUGAGCAGAGUCCGCCUGUGCAAACCCUCACCCAGGGACGGCUACACUCCCACUGGCUAGAGUCGCCAGGCCUGAGGAGCCAUGUGCUGGCCGAGGACAUGGGGCCAGAUCUUCCUGCCGGUUUUACUUUCCCUCUUUCUAGUCCAACUGCUUAUCAGCUUCUCAGAUAAUGGUUUUUCCCAAAUGUACAGAAAAAGAAAGGAGGAGAAACAGAAACGAAAGUCUUCGAUUGAAGAAGCAUGUACUCAAAAGAAUAGUUGUCAGUUGUGCACAGAAGAUAAGAAAUGUAUUUGGUGCAAUGAAGAAAAGGUUUGCAAAAAAUUUUGUUUUCCAUUUGCUGGGUGUCCAUUCAAUUCUAUAUUUUGGUCAAACUGUAAAGUUGACAUGUUUGGAAUCGUGAUGCUGAUACUCACAGGAAUAUUAUUGAUAGCUUUUCUGUGGUAUUGCUGUGCCUAUUACCAUUUCAUGCAUGAAUAUAGAACCAACAUUUAUUCAAGAGGAGUAACGGUUCCUGUAAACACCUGGAAUGUUGGUGGAUAUGAGGAAUAGAUAACAGAUCUUCCAGAGAAAGAAGUGUCUUCAAUGGUAAAGUUCCCAAAGAGGAUAUCACAUGAAUUUCCUACAUGUAAUCCGCCCCCCCCCCCAUCUAUUAAACAACUUUGCGGGAAUGGAAUUUGCAUUAUUAAGAAAGAAAAUGGGAAAUCAAAUCUGUAAAAUGUAGACAAAUUUUCAAUACCUGAACAUUUAAUAAAAGACGGCAGAAAAUGAAGAUACAAUAGUGCCUAAAUAAAGCUGUUUUAGAAAUCUGA